AUGGUGACCCCCUGGCGCUUCUCUCUCAGGGUCUGCUUGGCGCACUUGAGAGGUUUUGCGCUCAGAAAGGAACUCGGCCUUCUGAGACCCUCUGGGGGCUGUCGCAAGGCUAGACUCUGUUGGCUUCUGCUUGGCACUUUGCCCAAACUCGUCUCCACCUGUGAGGACAUUGGCAAGGGGGCUCCGGAGAGCGUACGUCGACAGACCACCAGUUGGAGUGACCUGGCUGAAAAUGGGCCGCUGGAAAGAGUCCCUACGGAGGGGCGGCUGGGCUGGCUCCUCCUGCACGUGCGCAUCUGGCUCAGAGCAGGGGCUCUCUUGGUGAAAUUCUUCCCCCUCCUCCUGCUCUACCCCCUCACCUAUCUGGCUCCCAGUGUCUCCAGUCUCUGGCUCCACCUGCUUCUGAAAGCCACCGAGACCUCGGGCCCCACCUACAUCAAGCUGGGCCAAUGGGCCAGCACUCGGCGGGAUCUCUUCUCAGAGGCGUUCUGCGCCCAGUUCUCCAGGCUGCACGUCCAGGUGUCGCCCCAUCCUUGGACUCACACCGAACACUUCCUGCGCCAGGCCUUUGGGGAGGAUUGGGAGAGGGUCCUCUUCUUUGAGAAGCAGGAGCCAGUGGGUUCCGGCUGCGUGGCCCAAGUGUACAAAGCGCGAGCCAAUCCUGCCUUCCUGGAGAACGACAGCAUCCAGAGACUGGCUACGGCCUCCAGACUGCAGCUCUCCUCGGAAACUGGGGCAGCUGGGGGGCUGGGCGAGCUCUCUGGACGCCUGGAGAAGGCGGGGAGGCCUCAAGAGAGUCUUGCCGACCAGUCGUUUGUAGAAAGGCUGCUCUUCCCUAAAGCGGACCUGGUUGGAUCCAAUGCAUCCUUGUCUCAGGCUUCAGGGACCGCCCAUGAACAGGAGCCAGAUCACCUCGUCCCCGUGGCCGUGAAAGUGUUGCACCCUGGCCUGCUCGCUCAGGUGCAGAUGGACCUGCUGCUGAUGAAGAUGGGCAGCCGGGUCCUCGCACUUUUGCCAGGAAUCAAGUGGCUCAGCUUGCCUGAGAUCGUGGAGGAAUUUGAGAAGCUCAUGGUGCAACAGAUCGACCUACGGUACGAGGCUCGGAAUCUCGAACUCUUCCAGUGCAACUUCCUGAAUGUGAACUCCGUCAAAUUCCCCACGCCUCUGCGUCCCUUCGUCACCAAGGAUGUCCUGGUGGAGACAUACGAAGAGAGUGUGCCCGUGUCCAGCUACCAGCACGCAGGGAUUCCCUUGGACGUGAAGAGGAAGAUUGCGCAGCUGGGGAUCAACAUGCUCCUGAAGAUGAUAUUUGUGGACAACUUCGUCCACGCGGACCUUCACCCCGGGAACAUCCUCGUCCAGGGCGCCGACGGUCUCGCCCAGAGCCCAGAGGCGCGGCUACAGCGGGUGGACGUCUGCGAGGCUCUGGCAGUGGCUGUGUCGCCGGCCCGCUGCCCGCUGCGCCUGGUGCUGCUGGACGCUGGCAUCGUGGCCGAGCUGCAGGCCGCCGACCUGAGGAACUUCCGGGCUGUCUUCAUGGCUGUGGCCAUGGGCCAGGGCCAAAGGGUGGCUGAGCUCAUCCUGCACCACGCCCGGGCCAGCGAGUGCGAGGACGUGGAGGGAUUUAAGGCUGAGAUGGCCCGGCUGGUGACCCAGGCCAGGAAGAACACCAUUACCCUGGAAAAGCUUCAAGUUUCCAGCCUUCUCUCGAAUGUCUUUAAGUUGCUGAUGACUCACAAGGUAAAGCUUGAGAGCAACUUUGCCUCAAUCGUGUUUGCCAUCAUGGUGCUGGAGGGGCUUGGCCGCUCACUGGACCCUAAACUGGACAUCCUGGAGGCAGCGAAGCCCUUCCUUCUAAAAGGACUAGUGACCUCCCGCUGAGAGCAGCAGUGGGGGAUUCCUCUCGGAACAAGAGGCCGCUCCCAACAGCCUCUCCUGUGGCAGCUUGGACGUCCUAGAACUGGGAUUGUGGAGGGCCUGCCGCUGUGUUUCACCCUGGUUUGGUUUCAAGCAUCUGUUUCCAAAGGUCUGGGAUUGCUGGGGAAGUGAAAGGAGGAAGGGUCCUGACAGCUCAGGCAUGGAAGGGCCUGGUGUCAGAGAAACUGUUACAGGGAAAACAUUCUCUGGAGGAGGACGAAUAAACUUAGUUAUUUUGUUUUCUGG